CAUCUUACAAUCUUACCCCUUGAAAUUCAAAUCCCCUCUGACGGACUCCAAACAUCUCCUUAAAUUUAAUUUUAUUUUCGAUUUUUGGAAAACGCCAAUACUUAUUGUAAUUAAUUAUUGCUACUAUUAUGCUUUAUUUGGUACCUUAAAUUAAACAACAAAAUCAAUUUCCAAUGCCUUAUUUUUUUCACCAUUACCUCAUUACCUGUUGUAGUAGAAUUGUAGAAAGUAUUUUUAUUUUCAUUUUCUUUUAACCUUUUUUCACUUUCUCUCUCUUACUUUCUCUCUCAAACUCCUCACUUUCUUUUUUUGCAAAUAAUUUUUGGGUUUUCCUUGAAAGGUAGCUCAUUGCUUCUGGGUGAUGAUCUUGUGUCGUUUGAUCUUCAUACAAGUGUCGUUUCAUGGCAUUGAAGGGUUGUUCUGAACUUUGGUAAAGGGAAAUAAGGGUUGCAUAGGAUCUUGCUAGUAUUGUUAGAGGUAUAUUUGGAAUAUAUUCUAGUAGUAUCUCGUUGAAAAAUAUACAUGCAUGGAGGCUAAAGAAGAUAUGAUGGGAGGGGUGAGUGUGGUCGGAGCAGAGGCUCCAUCGAAUUAUCAAGUGGCACCCAGGAGUGAUGCUCCUACUCAAACCCCUUCUCAGCCAGACAUUUCACCAACUGGGGCUGGGGCUUUGACUCCUGUGAGUGUUGGCAUGCCAGGAUUGAUGGAGAAAAAAAAGAGGGGAAGGCCUCGAAAAUAUGGCCCCAAUGGUAGUGUCUCAACAUCAUACUCACCGAUGCCGAUUUCAGCGUCAGCUCCACCUUCUAUUGGUGGUUAUCCAAGUGGGAAGCGGGGCAGGGGGAAAUCAGGGGCUUCAGAUGCCAAACAGCAGCCAAGGUUUGAGAUGGUUUCAAGGGGCGAUGGAUUUGGACGUUCAGAUGGAGCCAACUUCACUCCUCAUGUCAUAACAGUUAAUGUUGGUGAGGAUGUUACAGCGAAAAUCAUAUCAUUUUGUCAACAAGGACCACGUGCAAUUUGCAUUCUUUCAGCUAAUGGAAUGGUAUCCAAUGCUACACUUCGUCAAUCUGAAUCUUCUGGAGGGACUUUGACAUAUGAGGGACGUUUUGAAAUAGUAAAUUUAUGUGGUUCUUUUACGCCUACUGAGCAAGAAGGUACAAGAUAUAGGGCAGGUGGGUUGAGUGUCUCUCUCUCAAGCCCGAAUGGUCAAGUUGUUGGAGGAUGUGUUGCCGGACUACUGGUUGCUGCUAGCCCUAUUCAGAUCAUUGUCGGGAGUUUCUUACCAACUAAUCCGCCUGAGAUCAAGCAAAAGAAGCCUAAAGUUCAACAACCAUCCGCACCGACUCCUUUUACAAUUACGUCAGCUCUUCCUCCACCUCCUGUUGCAGAGAAAGACGCUUGUAAUGGCCAAGGGCAAAAUCAUAAUAACUCUGUUGCCCCUAUGCAAAACACUCCUCCGCCUACAUCUUACCAACGAGAAAAUUGGCCGAACACACAUCAUGUGCAGGAGCGAAGGCCAUCAACCACUGAUAUAAAUAUAUCGUUGCCUGGAGGGUAAUUUUACCGAAUACUCUUCCCUUUUCGCCUUCUUCGUUGACAAUUUAUGUUGCUCGGACUUCAGUUCUUGAGUUAGACUUGACUGUUUGAUGAAAAACCAUGACCCAAACUGAAUUUCCAACUUGAAAACUAACCUUUGAUGAGUUUUGGCCUAUGGGUGAUCAAUUCCAAACCUGAUAAAAAGCCCGAGCCAAAAACUAGAAAUUAGUGUUGUGGGCCAAGCUGGGUCUGCAGGGUGAUCAGCUCUUGGCCAGGCCACCUUUUGGCUUAUUUUAAUCUGAUUUGUGAUCUCCUUUUGGAAUAUUCAUGUUGGAGUUUCAAAUAUCUAACAUGCUCACUAGAAAUACAACUAAGCGUCCGAGUAACAUCCUGUUUAACAAGAACUCGACUUUUACAAACAAAUUCUAACAGCCCAUGUUAUUAAACAAUGAUAAUAGGAAUGUUUUGUAUUGUAAAUUUUUAUAAAAUGUACUAUGUCAUUCCCAUGACGAUGAGUUGUGAUCAUAAAAAAAAUGGGAUAGUUGAUGUAGAACAAAGAUACCAUUAAACUUGUCGAGAGAUUUUUAUUUCAAUUUUUACCAUUUAAUACCAACAAUUAAAUGGGCGGUAAAUGAUUUUCCUCCCUUGUCGGUGUUUAUUUACUAUAUUGAUUGUUUUGAAUUCAAUGCAGGAUGUAGUAGGUUUUCAACUGGUAGUUUGACUUGUAUGCUAAUCAGCUAAACACAGAAGGAGAAUAUAUUAGGAUCACAAGCCUUUUGGGUUAGGGCUUCUCCCUGACUGCAUUCAGAUAUUAAUCUUUCACACGCUAGUUUAUAUUAGGAAAACUUUGUUUUUGUAUUGGAGGUUUUACAUUUUCGGAAGUGGGUGUUGUUGGUUGUAUUUUCUUUUAUAUCUAUAGAUAUGAAGGAUGUAUCAGGAAAUCUAGGCUGAAUUAUGAUUUCUAUUUUUGUGAAUUAUGAUGUAAUUUCUGGACAACUUUGUGUGGAUGCACAUGCACACUUCCAUAAAUUGUUGUAUUUUCUUGCGUAA